AUGGUUUCCCCAAUUUUAACGGAAUCCAUCGACCCCUCACCCAAACCAGGGACACGGUUUUUCCUGCCCUCUCUAUUGGCACAUGUGCGUGCCGCGCUGCCAGGUCUUCCCCUGGAGCCUGUAAUAAUACAGGUCUUGCUACUUUGCAUCACGUCCGGAGAUAGAAAUCUCAUCCUCCGCACCCGUGACGAGGACAUCGACCUCAUCGCAAGGCUGACAACCCUACCUUCAUCGCCCCUCCAGGCCCUUGGCUCAGUAUUUGGCUACAACGUUCACAAAAUUAAAUAUCGCGCCGAUGCAGGCGACCAAAUGCCAUACCAGAUUCUACAGUCCUUAUUCCUUCCUUCGGCGGUCACUGCUGGCGCUGUUUCAUCUCGCAAAAAUCGAGAGAGACAUCGACGUAUGUCCAGUUCGCGCAAUUCUAGUGGAAAGCAACCCAUCGUGAUGCAAGCUACAACCAACGUGUGUCAUAGUAGGACCGAUUCCUUCUCUCGCUCUGCGUCAUACCCGGGUAACUCGCGACUAUCAACUUCCGCUCCACGACAGAGGAAUCCGGACCUUGAACCCCACAAUGUAUUGACAAUACCCAUUGCCAAUCUCAAACGACCCUGUCUUCAUUCUUUUAGCGUGAAAACUGAACCAUCCAUCCCAACUGUUGGUUCCGAUGGGAGGCCGCAUCCAGAAAAAUCAUUGCAUGCUAGCACGGACAACUUCGGUGUACCCGCCGCAAUCGUUGUAUCUGGCCUUGAGCAUGCGAGUCUCCAAGCCCAGAAAGCCAUUCUUCGUACACUUGCAGUCGGACAGCUUGUUUUUCCAACGGACGGGAGUCCAGAGACCGAUCAGACAUUUGAUCUGCCCGAGAAUUUUAUCUUAAUAUACGUAUGUCGGCUCGAUGCUCGAGAGAGACCGCCCAUUUACAAGAGCCUGCUAGACAAAUUUGCAAUGAGCUCUCCAGUGAGCGUUGGCCAGCACACCCGUCUGGCUAUGAGACAAUUUCGUCUGUCUUCGACUCAGUCGCCAGCGCUACCAUCACCGUCCACCUCUGGAGCAUCCGCGGCCUUGUUCAUGUCUCCGUCGGGUCCAAUGUUACCUCCCACAGCCCUUCCUGGACCGCCACCAGUCUCUUCAUCUUUUCUCCGUCGUUUGAAAGGCCUUUGUGCGAAUCACACUUACGUGGGACCACCACUGGAUACGUACCUGGCAGAUCUUUUUACCGCAACUCGCCACUUCGGCUCUUUGGAUGGGACGUUACUCACUGUACGUGCACGGCAGGAUGCCGAAGCACUCAUCCGUGCAUCCCGUGUACUUGGCAUUGAUCCUACUGGUGCCGAGUUUAUUGUGGAAGCAGCUCACGGUGCACCCCCAGCCAGUGAGACAUGUUCGAUUCGGCGAAGUUAUCCUGCUUCUCAGUCCAGUGCGAGUGUGUCUUCUGAUGCACUGCUGGAUUCUGUCUACGUCCCACAGAUUCGCCAGCCGUCCCCAGCUCCAAGCGUGGGACAGAGCUCACCAGGUGUUCUUAUACAAGAAGACGCGUUGGAAUUAGACGUCUCGGAGGCCAAUAUCGCGCGAAUGUUUCCCAGAGUAGUGUCUCAUCGUGUGAGGGUAAGGGACUCACCAUUCGACGAGGUCCUCAGCAGCGUGGUUUGUGGUGAUAUGUCCCAGCCUGCUGGUGCCAAAGACGGAGACUUAGUGUGGAAGAGGGAUACAGUGAAAGAUAUUUUAGUUCGCAUCCUAUCGGAAAUUUGAAGACAAUAUGUUGCGUUUAUGCUUUCGUUCACGAGGCCUAGGUUGACUACAUAGCUGUGAACUACAUACUAUCAUUGGACCACCCAUGCAUAAUGGACAAGUCAUGCAUGAUCCUGUCUAGUGCCUCAUUUCCUUCAACUUCUUGACUCCGAAACAAGUAUGUUAGAAUCCACAGGUCGUUUUCGAUGCUGCUGAACCCACUGCCCAGUAAAAUACCG